AUGAAACGUGUGAUGGAGACGGAGGGAGGAAACACUCAAUUCAGCAGAAACUCAGCGAAGAACUUCCAGCGGCUGCAGAACGAGUGGAAGAUGGCGAAGGUUGCUCUGAUCGUCAUCCUGCUCUACGUUAUCUCCUGGUCACCGUACUCCGUGGUGGCUCUCACCGCCUUCGCCGGGUACGCAGACAUCUUGACUCCCUAUAUGAACUCUGUGCCUGCCGUCAUCGCCAAGGCCUCGGCCAUCCACAACCCCAUCAUCUACGCCAUCACGCACCCGAAAUACAGGGUAGCGUUGGCCAAGUACAUCCCGUGUCUCGGCAGACUGCUGUGCGUCCAUCCUCGCGACCUGCGCUCGGCGAGCAGCAGCUUCGUGUCGACGCGGCGCUCCACCGUGACCAGCCAGACCUCCGACAUCAGCAGCCAGCUGAGGCAGCAGAGCCACAAGACCCGCCUCUCCUCCGUCUCCGACAGCGAAUCGGGUAUGACGGACACCGAGGCGGACCUGUCCAGUGUGGGCUCCAGACCGGCCAGCCGCCAGGUGUCAUGUGACCUCGGCAGAGACACCACCGAGCUGCCCGAGUUCAAACCCAGCGCCAGCUUCAAGUCCACGAUGAAGAGCCACGACUCGGGCAUCUUCGAAAAGACGUCCAAUGACACGGAUGUCUCCACGCCGGUAGUCAGUGAACGCGGCAGCGUCCCAGAUACAAAAAUGGCAGAGGCACACGGGAGGAGAAGCACGAUUGGUCGAGUCCCGAGCAUCGUCGUCACGUCUGAGUCCAGUCCCUUCCUUCCCAUUGGACGAAAGGGUUCCACUGCCCGCCCGACGACAGCCAAUAACAGCAACGCGGGGGCGGGUUCUGGGUAGAGAGCCUGCAAACACCGUUCAACUGAAGCUCAGAAAUCACCCAUUCUCAUUCAUUGUCACCUUCUCUGGCGUUUGUUAUUGACGCAUUUAAAAUCUCCUUUUGGCGCCACAUUUUAGACACUCGCGGUGUGGUAUGCCGCGUGGCAGCCUGAACUAGGGUUGGGUACCGAAACCCGGCUCCACUACGGAACCGGUUCCCACUCAACCGGUAGGAAUCGGACCGGAUUAGAACGCAAAUUUCUGUUCCACUUAAAGGUGCUCUAAGCAAUGUUGGCUGACGUCACUUCUUGUUGACGUUCAGAGUAUUUUAAAGCAAAAUGGAGACUCAUCACCUCCUCCUCCCUUUCUGUGCUUCAGCGCACUCACUUCAGG